AUGAAUUCAAAAAGAGUUAUAUUCAGAGCAAAAGUUUCAGGAGACAAAAACAAGAAAAAAAUAAAAUGUAACAAGCAAUAUAUUUUUACUGGUUCAUUUAGCACAACAGUGUUUAAUUCAAGACUGAAUAAAAAUAAAUCAUUUCCUAAUAAAAAGAUAUUAGAUAUCAUUAAUAAACAAAAUCCAAUCUUGAAAUCAAUAAAAAAAAAGAUCAAAUCUCCAGAGGACAUUUUGGAACAAAGAACAUUAAAUGCCUUCUUUGCCUUUAGAAUAUAUUACUCCCAAUUUGGUCAAGGUAUUAACCAGAAAAAUUUAUCCACAUUGUUAGCAACAGAAUGGAAGAAAGACCUGAAUGAACAACAGUUUUGGAAUAAUCUCACGGAACAGUAUAAACAAAUUAAAGAUAUGUAG